GUGUACCUGCCUGGGCCAACAUGUCGUUAGUUAGGAGAUGAAUACUGAAAUUAGAGUUAAUAGCGUCUUUGUGUUAAUGUGAUGCCAGGACUUCGUGCGUCGUGUAAACGAAGGGAUCAAUUCGUAUCGCUGUGGAAGGCUUUCAUCUGAUUGAGUGUUUUCUUUGCGCACAAGAUCGUCACUAAUGAUGGAUAUAACACCAGUCCUCAGCCACUGGGCUUGAGCUGCUCGUGAGCUGCUCUCAGGGUGUCCGGCGCGCGGCAUGCGUUCUCCCUGAGCGGCACAGCUCCCCCCGGAGGCGCCAGGAUGCCGGUGCAGGCGGCCCAGUGGACCGAGUUCCUGUCCUGCCCCAUCUGCUACAAUGAGUUCGACGGCAGCGGCCACAAGCCCAUCAGCCUGGGCUGCUCGCACACCGUCUGCAAAACGUGCCUGCACAAGCUGCACCGCAAGGCCUGCCCCUUCGACCAGACCGCCAUCAGCACCGACAUCGACCUGCUGCCCGUCAACAGAGCCCUGCUGCAGCUCGUCGGCGCACAGGUCCCUGAUAGCCCGAACGUAUCCUUGGGCAGUGCAGUGGACAGUGAGCACUAUGAAGUGUGCAGGGCCUGUGUGGAGGAACUGGCCCUCUACCUGAAACCCAUCAGUGGAGGUAAAGGCGUGGCGACGCUCAGCCCGAGCGCCCUCAGCCGGCCCAUGCAGCGGAAGCUGGUGACGCUGGUCAACUGCCAGCUGGUGGAGGAGGAGGGGCGCGUUCGGGCCGUACGGGCCGGCCGCUCCCUGGGCGAGCGCACCGUCACCGAGCUCAUCCUCCAGCACCAGAACCCUCAGCAGCUCUCCGCCAACCUGUGGGCCGCCGUCCGCGCCCGCGGGUGCCAGUUCCUCGGACCAGCCAUGCAGGAGGACGCUCUGAAGCUGGUUCUGCUGGCCUUGGAGGACGGCUCGGCUCUGUCCCGGAAGGUUCUGGUGCUCUUUGUGGUCCAGAAGCUGGAGGCGCGCUUCCCCCAGGCGUCCAAGACCAGCAUCGGCCACGUGGUGCAGCUCCUCUACCGGGCCUCCUGUUUUAAGGUGACCAAGCGGGAUGAGGACUCGUCGCUCAUGCAGCUGAAGGAGGAGUUCCGCACCUACGAGGCGCUUCGACGCGAACAUGACGCCCAGAUCGUCCACAUCGCCAUGGAAGCCGGGCUCCGCAUCUCCCCCGAGCAGUGGUCCUCGCUCCUCUAUGGAGACCUGGUUCACAAGUCCCACAUGCAGUCCAUUAUCGACAAGCUGCAGUCGCCGGAGUCGUUUGCGAAGAGUGUCCAGGAGCUGACGAUCGUGCUGCAGAGGACGGGGGACCCGGCCAACCUGAACAGCCUCAGACCACACCUGGAACUCCUAGCCAACAUCGACCACAAUGCAGAUGCUGCACCUCCAACCUGGGAGGAGUUGGAGAGUGUAAUGUUGGCUGUGAAAGUAGUAGUCCAUGGCCUGGUAGAGUUCAUCCAGAACUUCAGCAAGAAAAGUCACGAAACGCCCCAGCCACAGCCAAACAGCAAGUACAAGACUAGCAUGUGCAGAGACCUACGGCAGCAGGGGGGCUGCCCACGAGGGGCCAACUGCACUUUUGCCCAUACUCAGGACGAACUGGAGAAUCCUCUCUCCUGUUUGCCCAGGUACAGAAUGAGGAACAAGAAACUCAAUGGGGCCUCCCGCCCCUUCCUGCUCCCCCAGGGGGUUCUGGGCAAAGCCCCCAACUGUAAGGGGGGCAUCCCGGCGGGUGAGCCCUCCAUGGGGGGUCUGAAGGGCCCGGAGAAGGACACGCAGGCCCCCGACGGCCACUCGCCCACGCAGCUCAUCCCCCGAGGUGCAGAUGCGCUGGAUGACCUGAAGAGGACGCUACCCAAUGGUGCCAACACGCUCUCGCAGUCCUCCUCCAUUAACCUAGAGCAAAAGACUGUUUCACCUCCAAAGACGCCCGUCAGCCAGACUCAAGCCUUACUCCUGUCUCCCAACGCCACAGCCCAUGAGAUGGGUGGCGGCGCCUCUCCCAAGCCUGCCCACUUCCUGCUGAGGGGACACCCCGAGCUCUACUACCAGGACCAGCGGUCCCCGACGUGUGACGUGCCCCCCUACCAGACAGCCAGUAAUUACUAUACGCCCUCCGGCCUCCCCUCCAAACCCUGUGUGGCUCGUUUCCUGCGCUCUGGCAACGUGGCCGAGUCCUCCUUCCCCCCGACGUCGCCGUACGCUGACCAGCCGUCUCUGCUGGCCACGCGCGAGCGUCUCGGCCCUUCCUACGGCCAGCCGCCGCCGCCACCGCCACCGCAGUCGUCGCCGGCGGCGUGCGGCUCCCUGAGCCCCGGUCACGGGCACGCUCACGGCCACGGGCACGCUCACGGCGUCUACGCGCCCGUCUACGACAGCCGGCGGGCCUGGCGGCCGCAGCUGUACCAGAGGGAGGACGGCCGGAGCAACUCCCUGCCGCCCGAGGUGCUGCACUCUCCCGCCUGCCAGCCUCCCCCCACCAGGGAGCGCUAUAACUCACUGGACAGCCCUUACUGCGGCUCCACGGAUCACAGGGCCGCACUGCACAGGACUCACCGUCCCGCUGUCUGCUCUCAGGACUCAUAUGCACGCGCUCCUCUCGGCUACGAGGACCUGCUUCACCGUAAACAGGAACAGUGGGCGCAUCACCAUAACAACGUCAGCCGGCCCUCCCAGUCCUCACCUGUCUUCGCUGUCGAUUUUUGUGCUGAGCAGCAUGCUGAUAGUGUGGGUGGCGCGUGUGUGAACUGUAAGUUGCGUGCGGAGGAGAGUCUGGCCCACUACUCGCCCUGGUCGUGUGGCUCCAUCAGCCCCUUCGACUCUGAGCCCUACGCCAGCUCCACGUACAACUCCUGCUCGCAACACAUGCAGGAUGUGGAGAGUGGCGGGGGCAAGCGCUGGCUGCACAUGUUUGAGCCGUACCGCCGACUGAAGGAGGAGGACCCCAUCAUCCCGUUCGGGGAAGGACCCAUCAUCUCCAAGUGGGGGGCCAUCUCCCGCGCCUCCCGGACCGGCUACCACACAACUGACCCAGUCCAAGCCACCGCCUCACAGGGGAGUGUCAACACCACGCCUGUCAACUUCAGAGAUUACAGCCCCCACAUUGGACAUGGAGAUUACAGAUGGGGUCCGCGGGGGUCUGACUCGUCCAGCCACUCCAGCUUCUUAGAGAGUGACCAGUUGGGUGUGGCAGAGCUGCAGGCACGCCGACCCUCUCUGAUUGGUGGAGAGAAGCUGGGGAUGGAACUCCUUCAUGCAGAAGCCAAUCCGUACAGUGCAGAGGGUGAACCAGAGCGGGACAUCGAGUUGGAACUGUCUGCUUUGGACCUGGAAGACAACGAAGCGCACCAGACCCCCAUACAGCAGGAGCCGCUGGAGGUGAGGGUACCCCCCCAGCACUCUCAUCUGUCCCCCCCCAGCACUGAGCCUCAGCCCCAGAAGCUCUCUCCCGAUGGGAUGGACCCCCACCUGCUCAAGAAGAUGGCCUUCAGGAAGGCUUUGUCUCCGGGAGGCCUUGGCUCUGGGAGGCUGGGCAUAGGGAAGCUGAUGAUGAAGACGGGCCCACCGUCUCGCUCCGAUAGCCCCCACUCCUCCAGCACCGGGCCUGAGGUGCUGCUGAACGGCAGCUGAGAGACGCAGGACUGGUCCUCCACCUGCAGGGGGCAGUGCAGGCUGGUGGCAUCUCUUUCCCCACUGCUACAGGAAGAGCUGACACCUGUGGGUUGAUGACCCCAUGCGGGCAGGGCAAGACUAGACGACUACAAAUGGCAACACGGCACCACAGUAAUGUUACCCCUACAAAAACCAACAAAUCAUCUGAGCCAGCAGUGCGCUGCAGUUUCGCCAUGUCGCCAUGAUCGAUUCGCUUUACUCUUCACUUCAUCUUUGCCACUGUGCCACCCGAGCCUGUUUUUUUUUCUCUUUAUUUUCUUUUUGUUCUUUUUUUCUUUUUCCAGAACCGUAGUCCUCAAUUCCACCCGCUCGGUAGUUUACAGGGGUGUGUUGGUGUCGUCGGCAGGAUGCCAUCACACCCCCAUUGGUUGUCAUAGUACCCAAUCAGAAAUUCCCAAAAGUUGCUCUCAGGCCUAGUGAAGAGAGCUUGAUGUGACCUUUCGCAGCAACGUUAAGCUAUUCUUGGAUGUUUAGCAGGGAAAUUGAGAUGUCCAAUCUCACAGGGGCGAGCGCAGCUCUUGCAAUGUCGUUUCAUAAUUACGUGCCACGGCUAAUCUAACUUUGGGCAAAUGAGCACAAACUGAAAGUUGUGACACCCAAGCUGGUAAUAUUUGGAUGCACAGAAAGCUCAUCCUCACCUGUCUCGGUAUGUUUGUACAGCGGCCUAUUCUCAGUUCUAGCCUCCCCACAGACUACAUAUUUACAGAAACGUUUUCCACUGUACGAGCCGAGUAAGCCAUGGCACUGAGAUGGCCGUAUGCUUAUUACUGUCCGUAUCGUUUAGCUUAUGCUGCUAAAAUAUUUGUCACCGGAAUGAACCUGCAUGCAAGUAGUUUGCCACGUGGAACGAUUGCACUUAUUUGAUAAUGGUUAGCUUUUUAUUUAUUCCUGUUUUUUCCAUCUGUGAGGUUACCCAUCGUUGUGUGUGUGUGUGUGUGUGUGUGUGUGUGUGUGUGUGUGUGUGUGUGUGUGUGUGUGUGUGUUGGGUGCUGAGCAUUGCUCUAGAAAUGCCACUUAAGCCAAACCUUUUUUGAUAUUUUGAGAUACCACUCAUUGGUUCAGUGGUAUGGUUUACUAGCUUGACACUGACCGAAAGGAAAAGAAACAUUUACAAUAUUCAAAUCACACAGUGAAUCAGUAAAUUGUGGACUGUCAUUUCGAGGGCUGAGAACCAAAGGGGCAUAAGUGAUAUUUUGGUCAAAAUUGAGUUAUACAUAUCACCUGAAAGCUCUUGAUGAGCUCUUUCUGACACAAUUAUAGAAGUAAAAUAUUUAUAAAUAUAACGGUAUUGAACAAAAACCAAAGGUCUUUAACUGUGAACAUAUAGAAGCUGUUAGAUUUGUUUUGGCUCUCCUGUAAAGUUGAUUAAAUGUCACUUACGCCCCUUUGGUUCUCAGCCCUCGAUUAGGAUCAUAGACUACACGUUAUGGGAAUUGAUGUAAAAUAAGUGUCAAACUGAUCUUAAUAUGGUAAAUGCAUUAUUAUUAUUAUUAUUAUUAUUAUUAUUAGCCUGCAUUACAGAGCUGCAAUGCCGUGUGACCUGAUCGGCAGUGUAUGGUCAGAGUGUAUGAUGAGCUGUGAGUGUGUAUGAGAUGGAUCUGUCAUGCUCUGCGUUGUCCCAUGAGGUCACUGUGGGAAGCUUCAUGUUUACAGACAAACGUCGGAGGUCAAAUGAACCUGUUUUUCUUUGUCUUUGUUUUUAGUUUUGUGGGUGUGUUUUUGUUGUGUUUUUGUUUUCCGUUUCUUAAGGAGUGUUAGACCUAAUCAGCAAAGAAAGUAUGGCAUUCGCUGCAUCUAAACGGUCCUUCUUCCAGAAGAGCUACAGGAUCUCCUGGAUGGCUUUUACUUUCAUUUUAUUACAAAAAGAAGAAAAAAAAACA